AUGACCCACUCGUGUUUCGGGAUGUUGGAGCAACUGCUCAUCUUCACAAGAGGAGGUCUGAUCCUCUGGGCAUUGAAGGAGCUCGGUAAUGCCCUCAGAGGCUCACCCAUCGAUACCCUCAUCCGCUCAUGCUUUCUCGAGGAGCGAUCAGGCGACGCCUCGUACAACUACGAUGGCCCUAACUACGAUGCCCCCAGGGCCGCUUACACCCUCAAGUGGACCUUUCACAACGAGCUAGGCCUCGUGUUUGUUGCCGUGUACCAGCGGAUGCACCACUUUCUGUACUUGGAUGACCUUCUUGCCAUGGUGAAAAAAGAGUUUUCCGAGAUUUACGACUUCAAACGGACUUCGUAUGCAAACUUCGAUGAUAUCUUCCAGCAGCUGAAGAAGGAGGCCGAGGUACGUGCAGAGGAGAUGAAGAAGUCGAAACAGGUGGCCAAGCCCUUGAGUAAUAAUAAUCUCGGAAGGAAGCAGGGACAGGUGGCAAACGGCACCUUUGAUGGAGGCAAUAAAAAAAAGAGCGGGAACGAGUCUGGAAAAGAUGGUGAUGCGGUAGCUCGUCCACUAGAAAAUGGCAACCAUAGGAAGAAUAACAAUAACAGUAGUACAAGAAAAGAGGAAGUGAUUAGCGCUAAUGGGAAUGUGAACAAGCUGCACAAGAGGUCGAAAGGCCCGAAGAAAGUGGAGGCUGCACCUGGAAGGGUUCCGAAGGCGGAGCCGAAGAAGGUGACGAAAAAGAAUCGGGUUUGGGAUGAUUCACCCAAGGAGACGAAGCUCGAUUACACGGACGGGGCUGGUGAGGAUGGAGAGCAGAACAUGUCGGGUGUGGUGGCAGAUGUAGGGGAGAGUAUGAUGGAUAAAGAGGAGAUUGUUGGCAGUGAUAGUGAGUGUGAGGAGGGGGAGGAAGAGACUGAGAAGGAUGGUGGUGCUGAUGGGAAGAAAAAAGGGUGGUUCUCGUCAAUGUUCCAGCGUAUUGCAGGGAAAGCAAACUUGGAGAAAUCAGAUCUAGAACCAGCCCUUAAAGCUCUCAAGGACAGACUUAUGACGAAGAAUGUGGCUGAAGAAAUUGCUGAGAAACUUUGUGAUUCAGUAACUGCGAGUCUUGAGGGCAAAAAGCUACCCUCUUUUACAAGAGUCUCUUCAACAGUUCAGGCUGCCAUGGAAGAUGCUAUUGUCCGCAUCUUAACUCCAAGACGCUCCAUUGACUUUUUUAGGGAUGUCCAUGCUGCUAAGGAGCAAGGAAAACCCUAUGUUGUGGUUUUUGUUGGAGUUAAUGGAGUCGGUAAAUCCACCAAUCUUGCUAAGGUUGCUUACUGGCUUCAGCAGCACAAUAUCAACGUUACGAUGGCUGCUUGUGACACGUUCAGAUCAGGUGCAAUUGAGCAGCUGCGUACCCAUGCACGAAAUCUCCAGAUUCCAGUCUUUGAAAAGGGUUAUGAGAAAGAUGCUGCAAUUGUUGCAAAAGAGGCCAUCCAGGAGGCCACUCGAAACGGUUCGGAUGUCGUUUUGGUUGAUACAGCUGGAAGAAUGCAGGAUAACGAACCGUUGAUGCGAGCUCUGUAUAAGCUUAUUCACGUGAACAAUCCUGAUCUGGUUUUGUUUGUUGGCGAGGCACUCGUCGGUAAUGAUGCAGUAGAUCAGUCGUCCAAGUUUAAUCAGAAGUUACGUGACCUGUCGUCCUCCAGCGAUCCCAGGUUCAUUGAUGGAAUCCUGUUGACUAAAUUCGAUACGAUUGAUGACAAGGUGGGAGCUGCAUUGUCAAUGGUAUACCUAUCUGGAGCACCUGUGAUGUUUGUCGGUUCUGGUUUUGGUAAUGUCGGGAGCUCAGGUUUGGGCAAGUUCGGGAUUUCAGGCUUCGCCAAUGAUGGUAGCUCGGCCUUUUCCUUUUUUGAUUGUUCUGACUUUGGCAAACUUGGAAGUUCAGGUUUUGGCAACUCGGGCUUGGGUAAUGUUGGUAAUUCAGGUUUAGGCAAAGUUGGAAGCUCAGGUUUCGGCAACUCUGGCUUUGGUACUGUUGGUAAUUCAGGUUUUGGCAAUGGUGGAAGCUCAGGCUUUGGCCACUGUGGCAAUUCAGUCGUUGCAAGUUUUGUUUGUUCCGGCUUUGGCAAAGUUGGAAACUCGGGUUUUGGCAAUUCGGGUUUUGGUAGUGUUGGAAGCUCAGGUUUUGGCAAUGUGGGGAUCUCGAGUUUUGGUAGUGGUGGAAGCUCAGAUUUUGGCAAUGUAGGGAUCUCGGGCUUUGGCAAUACUGGAAUUUCAGGUUUUGGCAAUGGCGGAAGCUCGGGCUUUGGUAACGGUGGCAACUCGGCCUUUACUAGUUUUGGUUGUUCCGGCUUCGGCAAAGUGGGAAACUCAGGUUUUGGUAACUCGGGCUUUGGUAAUGUUGGUAAUUCAGGUUUAGGGAGCUCGGGUUUUGGCAACUCAGGCUUUGGUAAUGUUGGUAGUUUAGGUUUGGGAAGCUCGGGUUUUGGCAACUCAGGCUUUGGUAAUGUUGGUAAUUCAGGUUUGGGGAGCUCGGGUUUUGGCAACUCAGGCUUUGGGAAUGUUGGUAAUUCAGGUUUGGGGAGCUCGGGUUUUUGCAACUCAGGUUUUGGCAGUGUUGGUAAUUCAGGCUUCGGCAAUGUGGGAAGCUCGGGCUUUGGUAAAGAUGGAAUUUCAGGCUUGGGUGGGACCUCAAGGAGAUGGCGUGCUUCGACUUGA